CUUAAUUGCACUUAUAUAAGUGAGGGCAAUUCUAUUCUUAUAGAAGUAAUGCUGACUUUCCUUAUUUGCAGAGCGUGAACAAUAUUCUGCCAAGAUGUCAGAAAAAAAGAUGUCAUCGAGUCGCAAAUACCAUCUGAAGAGCUUGAUGCUCUCGAUUGCCAAAGGCUUGCUGGAGGCAGAGGUGAUAAGAGGAGAAGAGGAGAAGAGGGUGUACAUGUCAGAAAGCUGUCCUUCUCUCUCCUUGCCCAGUGGUACACAAGCCUUACAGGAAUUUUUGAGAGAGCUACAUCAUAAAAUUGAUGCCAUUGAUGAGGAGAGAUAUGACCUUGAAGUUAAAGUUAACAAAGGUGUCAGAGAUAUUGAUGACCUCAAGAUCAAGGUGCAAGACUUGAAGGGCAAGUUCAAGAAGCCAGUCCUAAGGAAAGUACGUAUGUCUGCUGAUCAGAUGCUGCAGGCUCUGCUGGGAUCCAAGCACAAGGUGAACUUAGACCUGAGAGCCAACCUGAAGCAAGUCAAAAAAGAAGUCAAAGAAGAGGAGAAGGAGUUGCGUGAUGUUGGCGACUGGCGUAAGAAUAUUGAGGACAAGUCUGGCAUGGAUGGCAGGAAGAAAAUGUUCGAGGGAGGCGAGGCAUAAGUUUCCUCCCUGCAGCUAGAUUGUUUUCAAAGAGAUUUUCUAUAGAGCCUUAGCUUUCAAUAAUCCAAUUCUGCUAUCUCUAAAUGUCUGAAAGAACUUCUUUUACCUUUAGGCUCAACCCUAAAUCAUUUCUUGAUGGACAAUUUCUUGAAAGUCAAUGUCUUGAUGAGUCAUUCAGUCUGUUAUUUUUUUGGUAUGGCAUUUCUUUUAGUGAUGACAGUCAGAAUAACUCUUAUUUGCAAGACAUUAAGAAUGAAUGGCAUUUCAUCUACAUUUGUAAUGAUCUGAAUAAAUAACUUUGAAAUAAAAAAA